UUUUAUUGCUAAACUGUGCCGCUGCACGGCAAAGAGCGCCAUAGAUUACAACUCUCAGUUCACAAUGCAGGCAGGACGUUUGCUGAACGUGUUGAUACUGGCUACGUUCGCCAUACUGGAGACAUGCGGCAGAACAACCCAGAGCCCGUGUGACAUCAACAAUGGUCAGUGCAGUGACAAGUGUGUCCCGUACCAAAAUUACCAAAUACGAUACGACAAUCUUCCUUCUGGAUACUACUGCGCAUGUCCUAGAGGGAAAGCACUAUUCAGGGGGACUCUUUGUUUGCCACGAAACCAUCCCUGUUUUAAUUACCGCUAUUGUAUGAGUAAUGAAAAAUGUGUCCCCACUGGAAGCCGAGACGGAUAUGGUUACAGGUGCGACUGUAAGAAGGGCUAUAUUCCCAGAGAAAAUGGACGGGGAUGCCGGCCUGCCCCUGUGAGACGCACUACGCCAGCACAGACUACGGUAGUCGGGGGACAACGACGGACUCUCAGGACAAGAAUAACCCCAGCACCUGUCUUCACCAAUCUAACCACACCUGCGCCCACUGCGGCACCUCACCCCUGUGACGUCAACAAUGGCGACUGUGAGCACAGAUGUAGGAGGACCUCGUCAACGACACGUGUCUGCGAGUGUCGUCUUGGUUAUAGGCUGCUCGGCGACGGUCUAUCAUGCGAGGAAGUAGAUCCCUGUGAAAACAAUGGCGGGUGCAGUGACGUCUGCAUAGCUAACUGGCCAAACCGCACGUGUAGCUGCCGUAUUGGUUACAAGCUUGGCAGUGACCAAAAAACAUGCAUAGAUGUGGACGAGUGUUGGGAGGGGACUGCCCGUUGUGAACAGGACUGUAUUAACGAACAGGGGUCUUAUCGCUGUGCAUGCCAACGUGGAUAUAGCUUGAAACAAGGAAACAGAUGUGAAGAUAUUGAUGAGUGCCGGAUCAACAAUGGUGGAUGCAGUGACUCAUGUUAUAAUACCCCCGGGUCGUACAAGUGUCACUGCCCGCCUGGGUUCUACUUACUUAGUGAUGGCAAGAACUGUGAACAGAAGUGGAAAUGCUCCAGAUAUGGCUGUGAGCACAACUGCCAGCAUCCCAUCAUCCAGUUCGAGCCGUACUGUACUUGUAAUACCGGAUACAUGCUCACCCAGGACCAGAAACACUGCACAGAUAUGGACGAAUGUCGUCUUGGCUUCCACAAGUGCUCCCAUUCCUGUCAAAACACGGUGGGUGGAUACCAGUGUUCUUGUCCUGCUGGGAUGAAACUUGCCGCGGACCAGAGGACAUGCGAAUGUAAGGUUUACACAAGCUAGUGGGGGGAAUCCCAU